AUGGAUUCACAUUGUCCAAUUGUUCUUGAUCAAGGUACUGGUUUUGUUAAAAUUGGUCGUGCUGGGGAAAACUUUCCAGAUUACACAUUUCCUUCCAUUGUGGGGAGACCAAUUUUGAGAGCAGAGGAACGUGGAAAUAUUAGUACUCCACUAAAAGAUAUUAUGAUAGGUGAGGAAGCUAGUGACGUUCGUUCUUAUUUACAAAUUUCAUAUCCGAUGGAAAAUGGUAUUAUUAAAAAUUGGACAGAUAUGGAGUUACUUUGGGAUUAUGCAUUCUAUAAUAAAAUGCAACUACCUAAAACCUCAAAUGGUAAAAUUUUGUUAACUGAACCACCAAUGAAUCCAGUAAAGAAUAGAGAACAAAUGUGUGAAGUUAUGUUUGAAAAGUAUGAUUUUGGUGGUGUCUAUGUGGCUAUUCAGGCUGUAUUAGCUUUAUAUGCGCAAGGUCUUUCCUCAGGUGUGGUUGUUGAUUCUGGUGAUGGUGUUACCCAUAUUGUACCUGUGUAUGAGUCUGUGGUUCUAAAUCAUUUGACAAGAAGAUUGGAUGUUGCAGGUAGGGAUGUCACUAGACACUUGAUCGAUUUAUUAUCACGUCGUGGUUAUUCUUUCAACAGAAGUGCGGAUUUUGAAACAGUUCGUCAAAUUAAAGAGAAGUUUUGUUAUGUUUCUUAUGAUUUAGAUCUAGAUACUAAAUUAGCUAGAGAAACUACAACUUUGGUAGAAAGUUACGAAUUACCAGAUGGUAGAAUCAUUAAAGUUGGACAAGAAAGAUUUGAAGCUCCUGAAUGUUUGUUCCAACCAAAUUUAGUUGAUGUAGAACAGCCGGGUGUUGGGGAACUACUUUUCAACACAAUUCAAUCUGCAGAUGUUGAUAUUAGGAGUUCGUUAUAUAAAGCAAUAGUUUUAUCCGGUGGUUCUAGUAUGUAUCCAGGCUUACCAUCUAGACUAGAAAAAGAAUUGAAACAAUUAUGGUUUACCAGGGUAUUGCAUAAUGACCCAACACGAAUGGACAAAUUUAAGGUAAGAAUUGAAGAUCCACCAAGAAGAAAACAUAUGGUGUUCAUUGGUGGUGCUGUUUUAGCUAAUAUUAUGGCAGAUAAAGAUCAUAUGUGGUUGUCAAAACAAGAAUGGCAGGAAAACGGUGCAGCUGCAAUGGCAAAGUUUGGUCCAAGAUAA